AUGUCCUCUUACGAUGGAUCGCGGUCCGCCCGCCAAUCGAAGCGGUACUCCAUGUCCGCGUUGUACAUGUCCAUGUCAGCGAACGAGACUGACCUUGAGAUUGAGGAUGACCUGGCCAAAGCCCAGAAAAUCCUUCGCGAGUUGAAGUCCAAGAUCUCCUCGCAAUCGAAAAAGAACUUCGUCCUCGAGAAAGACGUGCGAUAUCUCGAUUCCCGAAUUGCUCUUCUCAUUCAGAACCGAAUGGCGUUGGAGGAACAGAACGAGGUCGCUAGUCACCUUGAAGACGCCACCGAUAUGCAGGAGGGUGCGUUUCCUAACGACGACAAGACGCAAAAGUACGGCAAUCUGAUGUUCCUGCUGCAAUCCGAGCCAAGACACAUUGCGCACUUGUGCCGAUUGGUGUCCAUGUCGGAGAUCGACUCUCUGCUGCAGACUGUUAUGUUCACCAUCUAUGGAAACCAGUACGAGAGUCGCGAAGAGCAUCUGCUCUUGACCAUGUUCCAGUCUGUUCUCACAUACCAGUUCGAUAACACCCCCGAAUACUCGUCGCUUCUGCGCGCAAACACCCCAGUGUCGCGAAUGAUGACGACCUACACACGCAGAGGACCGGGUCAAAGUUUCCUCAAGUCAGUCCUGGCUGAUAGAAUCAACAGCCUGAUUGAGUUGAAGGAUCUCGAUCUGGAGAUUAACCCUCUUAAGGUUUACGAGCGCAUGAUUGAGCAGAUCGAGGAGGAUACCGGCACACUGCCAGCUUCGCUGCCCAAGGGCAUCACCGCUGAGCAGGCGGCCGAGAACCCGCAGGUCCAGGCCAUCAUUGAGCCGCGCCUGACGAUGCUCACCGAGAUUGCUAACGGCUUCUUGACGACCAUCAUUGACGGCCUCGAGGAGGCUCCCUACGGCAUUCGGUGGAUUUGCAAACAGAUCCGCAGCUUGACGAAGCGCAAGUACCCUGAUGCUAAUGACCAGGUUAUUUGUACUCUGAUCGGCGGCUUCUUCUUCCUGCGAUUCAUCAACCCUGCCAUCGUGACACCAAAGUCGUACAUGCUCAUCGACGGUCAGCCGGCCGAGCGACCGAGAAGAACACUGACAUUGAUUGCGAAAAUGCUGCAAAACUUGGCCAACAAGCCCUCGUACGCCAAGGAGCCGUACAUGGCUAAGCUGCAGCCAUUCAUUCACCAAAACAAGGAGCGCAUCAACAAGUUCAUGAUCGACCUGUGCGAAGUUGGAGAUUUCUACGAGAGCUUAGAGAUGGACAACUAUGUCGCUCUCUCGAAGAAGGACUUGGAGUUGUCCAUUACGUUGAACGAAAUCUACGCCAUGCAUGCACUGAUCGAGAAGCACAACGGAGAGCUUUGCAAGGACGAUAACUCACACCUGGGGAUCAUCAUGUCGGAACUCGGAGGUGCACCCGCGCAGGUUCCCCGCAAAGAGAAUCGCGUUAUCAAUCUUCCCCUCUUCAGCAGGUGGGAGACGGCAAUCGACGACCUGACUGCGGCACUCGACAUCACGCAAGAGGAAGUGUACUUUAUGGAAGCCAAGUCCGUCUUUGUGCAAAUUAUGCGGUCGAUUCCCUCCAACAGCAGUGUUGCGCGACGACCUUUGCGGCUGGAGAGAGUCGCUGACGCGGCGGCUACAAGCCGAAACGACGCAGUCAUGGUUCGCAAGGGUAUCAGGGCCAUGGAGUUGUUGUCGCAACUGCAGGAACUGAAGGUCAUCGAUAAGAGCGAUCAGUUCGGCUUGCUGCGUGACGAGGUUGAGCAGGAACUGCAACAUCUUGGAUCUCUCAAGGACGGUGUCAUUCAGGAGACGAGCAAGUUGGAGGAGGUCUAUAAAACCAUCCGCGACCAUAACACAUACCUCGUGGGCCAACUGGAGACGUACAAGAGCUAUCUCCACAACGUGCGGUCCCAGAGUGAAGGGACGAAGCGAAAGCAGCAGAAGCAGCAGGUCCUUGGGCCAUACAAGUUCACCCACCAGCAACUGGAAAAGGAGGGGGUUAUCCAGAAGAGCAACGUCCCAGAUAACCGGAGGGCCAACAUCUACUUUAACUUCACGAGCCCCCUGCCGGGAACCUUUGUUAUUUCUCUCCACUACAAGGGACGGAACCGCGGUCUCCUCGAGUUGGACCUCAAGCUUGACGACUUGCUUGAAAUGCAGAAGGACGGUCAAGACGACUUGGACCUCGAAUACGUCCAGUUCAACGUCACCAAGGUCCUCACUCUGUUGAACAAGCGAUUCGCAAGAAAGAAGGGUUGGUAA